AUGGUGCGUUGUCAGUCGUCUCACCCGAAGGCGAUCCUCGUUCAGUUGCAUGUUGUUGCACCAUCACUGCAGUAUGAUUACCAAAAGGGGCCGCCACCACCAGAGGAGGCGUGUGAAUUAGAUGUGGAGUUGUUGUGCAAUGAUAUUAGUAACAAAAUGCGGUUACUUGGCGGAAUGGCCAUUGGACUGCCCAAAGAAGGUUUGGUGGUUGAAGGUUCGCAUCGUGAAGAAAGUGGCAACGGUGGGUUGUACAACAUUGUGGUGAGGCUUCAACACGCCUCAAACCUGUCCGUAAGUGCGUUACGAGCGGCAUGUGCUGCGGUAAUGGAAGGUGCGGUGACUAUUGCGGGGGACGAUCGAGGAAAGCAAAGGCUUGCGCACAAGCAGCCCGCGCUAAAGGUGGUCCCCGUGGCUGUGCGUGUCGUCAAAUUGGACAAGUUGCAAUAA